AUGCUCCAUCUAUGUAUUAUAUAUGCCUAAGUCUAUGGUCAGAUUAGCUCAGUUAUAUCAUUUGAGACUAAGAACAGUUGAGAGAAUGUAGUAGAUAAACAUUAGUGAUCAGAAUAUCAUGCAAAUUUGUUGUGCAUCACCAUGUUUAUUUUUAGUAAUGAAUGUGUCGCAUCGAUGCGAAACUUUUGCUGCGUAAUUACGUGCUACGAAGUUCCUAAAAACUCGAUGGGAAUCGUACACAAAUAUCGUCAUCGCGUCAUCAAUUUCGUCAAUUGUGUCGUGUAAUCCGAAUCGUUAGACGACAUUACCUGGUCAGGCCAUAGAAUUCAUAAAGUUGUGAAGAUUUUUGCAAAGAAUUUCGAUUAAGAUUCAAUUAUGAGGAAGACACGCGCUAACAUCUUCCGUGAUAUCUAUUAUCAACCCUACAAUGAUUGCACAAGACUCAAAUUUUAUUCUAGCAGCAAAGCUAGUUUACAGUUGAUACAGCGUAUGAAAUUGCUGAAGGAACUAAAAGUCCACAAUGGUUGUGUGAAUUCUAUUUGCUGGAAUAAUAGUGGAGAACUGAUAUUGUCUGGGAGUGAUGAUCAGCAUCUUGUUUUAACUAAUGCACAUAAAUAUGAGGUACUGACAGCUUACAAAACCAGUCACAGGGCAAAUAUUUUUAGUGCCAAGUUUUUACCUAAUAGCGGAGAUCAUAGUAUUGUUUCUUGUAGUGGAGAUGGUAUUAUUUUGUAUACAGAUUUGAUGAGAACAACAGAAACAUUUCACAAUCAAUUUUCUUGCCAUACUGGUACUGCUUAUGAAAUAGCGACAAUACCCGAUGAACCACAUAGUUUUUUAAGCUGUGGAGAAGACGGGACAGUGAGAUUGUUUGAUCUUAGAGUGAAGGAUAAGUGUAGCACUGCAAGAUGUAAAGAAAAUGUGCUAAUCUCGUGUCAAAGAGCCGUGACUGCUUUGUCCGUGAAUCCUGUACUGCCUUAUCAUAUAGCGAUCGGUUGUUCUGAUAGCGCUGUAAGAAUAUUCGACAGAAGAACUCUUAACACGUCAGACACCGGAUGGAAAGACGCAAAAAAAGUGAGAUCACUAAACAGUUUUACUGUCCCUGAAUUUGAAGGUAGUUCUUACAGAAUUACGUCGCUCAGUUAUAGCCCGGAUGGACAAGACGUUCUUGUCAGCUAUAGCAGUGAUCAUCUCUACUUAUUCAGUGUCAAAGAUCAAGGUAGUCUGCAAUUGCGGAAAGAUGCAACAAUAGGAAAAGGAAAAGGGAAAAAGCAUCCAUUAAGAUCCUCUCAGCCAGUUCGUCGCUUAAGACUUCGCGGUGAUUGGUCUGAUACUGGUCCUAAUGCGCGUCCAGAAAGAGAAGGAGGACGUCGCAAUGGGACAGAAGUCGCUCAAGCAAGACCGAUGUUGCAUACGUCUCUCAUGCAAAGAAUGACGGAUGUGCUUAGCAGAAUGUUAAAUGAUCCAGCCACUCGUGCUGCUUUGAGUGGUGGCGGCGGCGAAGACAGUUUAGAAAAUGUUAUUGAGCAGCAAGAAGGUUUUCGAAAUAUUGAGAAUAAUCCUGAAUCAAACGCGGAGAGGAGUAAUGAAUCAGUUGAAUUAAAUGUAGAGCAGAAUAAUCAUCUGGAAACAACUGGAAAUACAAGCAUGCAUAUUAAUAGAAUCGAAAGUAGAAACACGAAGUAUACAACGAAUACUGAAAAACACCAAGGAAGAGAAAGACCACAGGAAUGUAAUCAAUCAGUAUUGUUGAAUUCAUCAGCGAAUGUGAACGACGAUAUUUCUAUAGAAACUGCUGAAUCUAAUCAAACUAGGCAAUCUCAAGUUGCUUUCACAGAAUCUAUAAGUAGUCAUGAUAGAAUUGAACAUAAUAAUGUAUAUGAUCAAAACAGAAGUGAGAAUGAAGAUUCAUGUGCAAAUAUAUCUAGCAAACAGGGAAAUAUGAUGGAACAUCUUCAGGAUAGAUUAACGACAAUGCGAGAUAAUUUUCUUGAAAGACAUGGUAGUGAACCUGCUGUGAAUUUAACAUAUUCUGAUAAAAGUUCAACCAAUGCCACAAUUUCGCUUGAUGUCGGUGAUGAAAUGACUCGUGACGGUUGUCAUCCAGGACCCUCUAGAAGUAAUAAUGAUCGAACUCUUGAUGCAGGCCCGAGCAAUAAUUGCAGCUAUCACCAUUACAACGAUGUUAGAGAAGAAAUUGAAGAAUCUACAUGCAUUGAUAGUGACGAUGAAGAUGUCCAAUCAGAUGAAAGAUUACUACAUCCAAUUGAAGCUGAAAUGGAUGAAUCAAUUACUAAUGUUCAUUCGUCACAAGGACACGAAACGUUUGAUGAUGUUUAUCUAACGGAAUUUUGUGUGAAACAGAAAUAUAUGGGUCAUAGGAACGCAAGUUUCUUUAGGACUAUGAUUAAGGAAGCAAAUUUUUGGGGCGACGAUUUCGUCAUGUCGGGUAGCGACUGCGGUCACGUCUUCGUGUGGGAGAGGGACACCGCGAAACUAUGUAUGCUACUGGAAGCGGAUCAACAUGUGGUAAAUUGCCUGCAACCACAUCCAUAUCUCCCAUUGUUAGCCACUUCUGGCAUUGAUUACGAUGUGAAACUGUGGGCGCCAAUCAGUGAAGAGCCGGAUUUUGACGAGAAGUUUGCGGAAGAUUUGAAACAGAGAAAUGCAGUUAUGUUGGAAGAAACCAAAGAUACAAUAACUGUACCUGCAGUUUUUAUGAUCAGAAUGCUGGCAUGCCUUAAUCAAAUACGCAGAGGUCGAAGCCGCAAUAGGAGACGGAACAGCGAAGUACAAAGUAAUUAAAAUCUUGAACGAUAUAUUGCCAAUUUACUAACUAAUAGUAAAAAUAAAACUUAUACAUAAUAUCAGUUGCGAAAUUGUGUGACUACGAUAAUUUCUCAUCGAUCGAAUCAAUGAAUGUUGAAUGUUUUAUUAAGAUGGCAUGAAUACUUAGAUCUUAUGAUCUAUGUAUAAAAUUUAAUUUGAAUGUCAACUUUCAGUAUUAAUAUAUAUCGAUAAGAUAUCUGAUAUCGCAUUGUAAACAUCGCUACAUAUUUAAUAAUAAUGCACUAAACUACUAUAUGAUGGAUUUUUGCUGGUAUAUUAGUUCCUUAAAUAUCAAAAUGUGUAUUAGCAGAAGCUGUAUUGUGUUAUUUUACGUGCAAUCUUAUAUGGAUUUUGUAGUAAAUUUGUGUUGUUUAGUGUAUGUCAGAAAAAAGAAUUUUGCUGUACAGAAUUCCUCUGUACUUUUAUAUUUAACAUUAUAUGAUUAUCAUAAUAUAUGCUUAUGAGUGAUAUUUAGUGUUGUAUUAUUAUCAUAAGAUCUCGAGUGUUUUAUAAAGAGAUCGUUACCAAUGAAAUACGAAAGAGUGCAAAAUUGAUGCUAAUUAAAGAUUUGCAAAAAGGAUAUUUUGUCUUUGCUUAUGCGUAUUUUAUCAUGUAUUAUUAUGAUGUAAGAAAAAACAGAAAUGUACGAAGGACAAAAAAACUAAUUAUAAAACUAGAUUAUUCAUUGUUGAUAUCUUCUGGCGAAACCAAAAAAAGAAAUGGAUUCGUGCAAUUAGAAACUAUUAAGAUUUUAAGUUUCUACACAACUCGUUUAGAUGUAGACUUUAUUAUUUAUUAUAAUUAUUACAAUUUUAUGAAUAUUUCCUAUACCGGAAAUAAAAUAUUAUUGCGAAAAUUUUAUAGAAUUACAUUUUAUGUUCAAAGAAAGGAAUACAUAAUAUUGGGUUGUUACUUACAAUUAAUACUCAAAAGGGAUGUUAUAUUUUUUCAUUGUAGGCACACAAAUAUCCUGUAAAUCGCAUGGUCUUUUCAUCGUCCGUUGUAUAUAAAUCAUUUACAAUUAACAUUUCUUAAUUCAAAGAAUAGUAAAAUUAAAGAAUAAUAAAAUCGGUAAUACAAUUUUGAUUCUAUAGAAAAGGGCGAUGCGAUUAGAACAUUAUUAGGAUAUUUAAAAAAAAUCUUUAUCCUAAGGCUAGCUGUAACAUGUGCCUUUAAGUCAAGUGUUUAAGUUAAAGCAAUAAUAAUAAUAAUAAUAAUGUUAAUAAUAAUAAUAAUAAUAAUAGUAAUAAUAAUAUUUGUAAUAUUUAUUUGAGGCUUAAAAUAGUUUAUGAGAAAUAUCGAGAAUAAUAGUGAAUUAUUACAUAGUACAAUUUUAAUAUAGUCAUACUGAGAUAAAGGAAUUAUUAGACGAGCAAUUCCUUACACAUAAGAGUUAACAACAUAUCUUUACAAUUAUGUAUCAAAAAGAGUUCGUUUAUAUAUAAUAAAAAGUGUAAACAAAUGCA